UUAAACCACCAUUCCAUUUACAGGGUGAUAUGGGAUUAAUGUGACUCAGCAAACUGCACUGACAUUCCUGGCUUUUUUAAGUAAAGAAGAGCAAAGUUAAAUGGAGGUGGAGUGGAAUUUCCAAGGUAUUUUGGUAUUAACAUGCUCAGCACCAGCAGGAUUUUUUUGAUGAGCAGGUUACCUCUGAUUACUGGAUGGUGUUGGCUCGUGGGCUUCACUGUACGGAUCUUAAUUAAACGAGCACCAUGAGCUGUCAGGCAAGCUAUAAAUUGUUCAGUGACUGUUAAAAUACUCUUUUGGUUAGAAAAUGAUUAGAGGGUUUGCUGUUUUCUGGGAUUGAAGUUGAUCCUUCCAGGCAACCAUCCGAUGUGGAAAGUGUUUCAAAUUCCUUUUGGAUUUUAUUUCUACAUGUUUGCUGUUCGUUCUGUCUGGGGCUGAGCAGACCCGGAGGUCUUUUGUUUCUAAAGUCAGGCAAGCUUCUGAGAGCACGUAGAGUCUGCAGUCACCGGACUGUCGUGAUGGAUGACUUCUCUGGCUUGGAGGUAGCGUUGAAAAAUAAGAAAAAAUCAAAAUCGAGCUCCUUACGGCGGGCACUAAGCUGGCUAAGGUUGUCAGGACGCAAGAAAAAAAGGUCUAAGAGUGAAGGAGACAAAUCAUCAUCCAAGCUGAGAAAAGAUUCUCAAAGUUCAGCUGCUUCUAAAUCUGACGAUGAAGCUAAGUGGGCCGUGCACUACAAAACAUCCCAGUAUCAGCAUCAGCAGGAGAAUGUAUUCCUCCCAUCAGCCAGACCACCACACAUAGAGGAUCUGCACAAAGAAGCUGAAAUCGGCCUCAGAUCUCUUCAGGAGCAAGGAACCUUGAAUGCCUGCUCAGAGCUCCAGCUUGGAAAUGGCCAAGAGAGUAUGGACAACUGCAGUCAGAUUUCACAGGAUGAAGAUGUGCCUGUCCUCCCAGAUUCUGCACCAGGUGGCCCUGGUGAUGAAGUCUGGACAAAGACUCGAUCUCUUCCACCACCGACUCCUGAUGAAAUCCGGAAGAGUGUGCUGGGAAUCCAGCCAUCCGUCAGCUCAACAGGAACCACAUUUAAGCCCCAAGGACAUCAGAAAAUGCAAUCAUCUUUCAAAGGCCCAAAACUGAAAGAGAAGCGAAUUCGGAGGACAACGAUCAUGGGACUUCCCCAACACGUUCAGCACGAGCUGGGACUAGGAAAAGGGUCUCGUUCUUCAAAGACUGUUGGAGCAGAGCCAUUGACAGACAGUGCUGGCAUGAUCUUGGUAUCCAGGGAAGAUGAAAACCGUUGUUUCAAUAAUCUAUCCCACUCUCGGGCCAGGAGCUCCUUGCGAUCUGUAACUUUUUCUGAUCCAUCGCGGGAAGAUAAUGAAUCUAUAAGCACCUUAGGACUUAAUUACCAACACAACUGGGCACUGAUCAAUUCUUCCAACAGACCAAAAUCAUUAGCUGUUCCAAAGUCGUCUGUACCGAGUGAGCUGCUGCAGAGUCCGGUAAUGUCCAUGUCGCCCCAGGCAACGUAUUUAUCGAAGAUCAUUCCCAAUGCAAUCCUACCCCCUACAGUGGACGUGGUGAUGAUCAGCGCCAGCCAAAACUGCCUGCGUCAGCUCAGUAACAGCGGUGUGCUGUGCACACCUUCUCCCACCUGUUCCCGCUCCAUCUCCCUACAGAAUUACGACGGCAGGGAUUAUGCUUCCAGUGAUGCGUGGAGUAAUUCGCAGUCCUCAGAAACUAUUGUAUCAAACAAUUCCACGAUCUCAUCACAGGGGAACACUGGAAUUCCAUUAAAUAAUAAUGCUUUCGAAAAAGAUGGUGAGAGUGUGAGGGUCGAUCAUAACUUGACUGAUUCACCUCCGGAUCAUCGAGCAAGCACAAGCAGAUGGGUUAGUGAGUGUUCUGCACAGAGUGCUUCACCAGUGGUAGAAGAUCCCUCUGCUCAGCUUAACCCCAAAUGUAAACCUGCUGAGCUCAGCAGUAAUGGUUAUCCUGACCAGUCACUUUCUCCAGCUCAAAGCACAAGCAGUAUUGCUGAUGCAUCAGAUACCCAGAGCAUCACAAGCGAACGGUCCGUCACAAGAAGCUUGUCAGUCAGAAAAAUGAAGAAAGCCCCAGCUCCUCCAAGGAGAAUGCACUCCUUGCAGCCUGGUGAGGAGCAGGACUCAGAGACCAAAGGUAAAGGUCCUGCAUCGUUUGAAGUUGAUGGUCAAACGAGCGGCUCAAGGUUUGAAUUUUGUUCUGAGCCUCCAGCUGGAGAAAGCCCUCCAAACCCUGCUCUCAGUCACAAAUUGUUGCCUACACAUGACAGAACAUCCAAUGGGAAUAUCCAUUCCCCCCGGGAUCCAAACUCACCCAAUCGGUCUGAGCACACGACAUCACCAUCCAGUGGAAGUCCAGCAACAGUGAAAGCCCUUGUGCCUCCUCCAUCUCCCACUGGAAGGUCCAAGGCAGGAGCACCCAGGACGUCAUCAUCACUCCCUGCCCCAGAAACGUCAAACUCUGCAUCGAGACAUGCCAAUCUGUUUGUAAUUCCUCCUCCUCCUUCAACACCUGCUCCACCCCCUCCUAACGUAAAGAGACCGACGUUUCCAACAGCAGUGUCCUACCCCUGGGGACCAGAGGCAAUCCCACCCCCUCCAGCAGGGCCCGCACCGUUACCACCAACAAAAAGGCCUUCCUUCCUGUUCAACAUUCCAGCUCGUGGUCCAUCUCACCCUUGUCCUCCACAAGUCUCUGCAUCUGCACCUACUGUGGCCCCAUUGGUCACUGAGUCUGCACCCACCACAACCCCAUUGGUCACUGAGUCUGCUCCCACUGUGACACCAUUGGUCACUGAGUCUGCACCCACUGCGACCCCAUUGGUUACCACGUCUGCUCCCACUCUAACCCAAUUGGCCACCACAUCUACACCCACUACAACCUCAUUGGUCACCACAUCUGCACCCACUGUGACCCCAUUGGUUACCACGUCUGUUCCCACUCUAACCCAAUUGGUCACCACAUCUACAACCACUACAACCCCAUUGGUCACUGAGUCUGCCCCCACUGUGGCCCCAUUGGUCACCACAUCUACAACCACUACAACCCCAUUGGUCACUGAGUCUGCACCCACUGUGACCCCAUUGGCCACCACAUCUACACCCACUAUAACCCCAUUGGACACCACAUCCAGGGCUCCAAUAGUCACUGGUUCACUAACUCCGGUCCUGCUGGCUUCAGCCUCAGCACCUGGUGCAUCUCAGACCACAUCUACCUCUACAGCCACCUCUGCCUCCUGCACCACCACCAGGCAGCUGCAGCAGGGAGUAACUGCACUCAAGGUGAAGCAGCCUCUUCCUCCACCUUCACCACCUCCUUCCCAUCAUCCACCUCCACCACCAAAGAAAUCUGGGCCUGAACAGCUGUUUCCUGCAUCUUCCUUGUCCGUUUCGGAAGCCCCGAAGCAGGAGCAGCCACCUGUGGAUUGGCCGCCGCCUCCACCCCCCUUGUCUCCCUCCAGCUUUGUCCCAGAUGAGAUGUUGCUGGCUCCCGAGGGAGCCGGUGCCGAGUUUCUGUUCCCCCCACCGCCACCCUCCCUACUGGAAGAUGCAGCAGAAGGAAAGAGACCUUCUGAUGAGGAAAAUCAGGCAGAUGUACAACUGGUGCCUGCACCUGCUCCCUCCCCACCCUCCGCCUCAAUGCCAGGGCAAUCUGUGGGGCUUUCACCUCCCCCACAGCCUGCAGAAACCAGCACCUCAUCACCACAACCCCUCACACCAUCUCCAGCCAUCUCCUCCAUGAAGCAACUUCAGCCAAAGACUCAGCCUGCAGAGGGAACCGAUUCCCACUUCCCAAACAACCCCCUACCACCAAUCGCAUCCAAUCAGGACUCGGCUAAGGUGCGCAUAGUUCAGCCUCCACCACAUCCAGAGGGUGACGGAGAGGCCGGUGCUCCCAUCGUCACCCCCUCAUUGCUACAGAUGGUCCGUCUGCGCUCAGUACAAAUGAAUGCCUCCGCUCCAGGAAUGCCAGACAGUAAGCAGCAAACAAACAGGAGCCAAACCGACUUGAAGCAGCCAACCAAAAGUAACGUGACUGCCCCCAGCAAACCUGUUCGCAAGUCCCUUUCCCAGCGACUAUCAUCCUCGUCCGACUCUGAGCCUGCAGUCAGUGCCGACACUUCUCUCCCUGUAAAGAACACCCCCCUCAGCACCGUAGCCUCUGCUGCUCAGGGACACACCCUGUCUAAACCAGGCGACGACGAGACCCCACACAAAUCUCCUGCUUCUACCGCCAGCUUCAUCUUUUCAAAGAAUGUCAGUCCCAAGAAGCUGGUGUUCGAAACCCCCCGAUCCCCAGAGGCAGAGGCUGAGGCCAAGAAGAACUUCAUGGCUGAGCUGAGUUCAGUGUCUGGACGAAUAGCCUCAAAGACUGAAUCUAAGAGUUUGUCAAGACCACAGAGUAAAGCAGCGCCAGAGGUGCAGAGAAAAGCAGGCAGAGUCCCACCACCUGUGGCCAAGAAACCUUCAUUUCUGCCAGGUUCUCAGAGACUGACCUCCAUGUCAACCAGCGCGAGGGAGCUUCCAAACGCACAGGAAACAUCACAGGCCCUUCAAGUCACCAGUGAUGCCCAGGAGGAGAAAGGGAAAGUGAAGACUGGAAACGGACAAGUGUCUCUGUGUAAGGGUGACUGAAGAACUCCAUGUCAAUCCUCAGGAUCUCGCUGAGACAGUGGUCGAAGAUACCUUCCUUGGAGGACUGGGCCUUACAAUCCAAAGAAAUGUUUCUCGGAACAGUCUUAUUGUUGAAAAAUUAUAGCCUUUUUUAUGCAAAAAAAAAGUUUGCCAUGGUUGCUGCACCUUUGACUCUUUACUAUAGCUAUGCAUCCUCUGAAACAGUGAAUGUGCUGGGGUUACAGUUCAACAGAUGACUUUCACAAGAGGAACCAGGGCACCUUCAUUCUGCAUCGUGCAAUUAUCAGCCCCCUUGUGGAUGUGCAUGGUAUGGCUUGGACUUCAAGCUGAUGCACAUACAAUGUGGUCUGAGAUUGCUGCAGCUGAGAAUGUUAUAUCAUUGCCCUUGUCUAAAGAACCAAUCAAAAGUUUAAAAAAAUCAGUAGGAAACACACUUAUAUCAAAUGAGGGGUUUGGGAUUGAUUUAUCUGUGAAACAACAGCCACUCAUGAUCUAGAAAUCUCUUGUCUUUAUUAACAUGCAUAAAACCAUUAAUAACUUGAAAUCAAAACAAAAAUUCCUGUCAAACUGACAAUCCCCUAUUGUUUAGAUCAAGGAGUAGUGCUGUAACCAGGCAGUGUUUGAGGCUGAGUAAGUUACUUGAUCACAGGCCCUCAGAAUGAUUAGGAACCUCAUCCAAUAAGACAUGUAAAGUCACUGGGCUUUCACAAGCUGCUGGUCAUUUCCACCACCAACUCCUCCACCCUCCCAUUGUGCCUUCAGCUGAAGAUUGUGGUGUGUCUCCCAAUAUGUUGCAGCAACUUAAGGUCGGAUGGUCUGGACACUGGAGUGGUCAAUGGGUGAUUGGGCACAAGCUGCAGUGCCUGGCUGAUAACAUGCAAAGUGACAGCUUCCAGCUAGCAACGUUACCACUUCCAACAUAUUGGGUCUAGUCACCUUAAGGAACGAUUGGAUAACUGACCUGCAUGUCUUCAGGCAAUUGGCUAACCAGUGAAUUAAAGGUGCUUAAUAAUCAUCACUGGAUUGUAGCAAGUUGGUUUGAUUCAUGAGUUCAGUGUUUGGGAAUGAACGGUGGGAAAGAGCAGAAGAUUUUGAUUUCUAAGUGAGCACAUGUCUCCUAUGAAAUGGUGAAGUGAGGGGCUCUGUUUUGCUGUUUAUAAUCUGCAGAACAUGAGCCAUAAAUUGACUAAUUCUUGACUUAUUUGACAAACCAAUAGAUGGCGCAUGAGAAGUUGACACCACUGGAGGCUGUCACAUGUAAUUUGAUAUGAACACAUCUCAUUUAAUAGAGGGGUGGGAGAUGAAGUUACAUCCAUUCCACUGAUUUAUUUCUGCACAGUUGUAGCAUCCUUCACUGGAUGAUAAGUUUUAAUUGGAGUUGGCUGGGACCAAUGAUGUACAAGCUUUAUUUCACCACCAUCAUAAGAAAAUUGGAGAAGGAACUGUGUGGUAAACGUUCUUGCUGCUAUCUGGAACUUUCUGAAAACACUCCGAUAAACUGGACCAAGCAUUCCAUCCUGAUCUUUAUAUUCUUGCUUUUAGCAAGUGACCUGUGUCUUCCUGAAAUAUAAAUACUUUGCACAGUUAGAGCUGCAAUUGCAUUUGCCUUGAUUGUAAAUAGACAGUGAAGAUUAGACAGCGUUCCUGAUAUCACAUCUGCAUUGGCUUAUCCUUUCCAAAAUGGAUGAGCUUUUCCUUAACUUCAUAGGUUCCAAAGAGAAUACAAAUGAAGCCCCUUUGUUGCUCGACACUCAGCUGUUACCUCUUUACAAAGAGGACAGAACAGAAGUCCUUUACUCUUGCUUUAAGUUUCCUCCUUUGGAUCUUCAAAUUCUCUCUUUCUAUCUCCUUCCAGGAGAAACACAAUUCUCUAUCAUUUUCUGCUAAUAUUCAAUGGGUAAUGAAGAACUCAGCCAGAACCCACCUUGAAUGAAGCGGGUUAUUCUCAAAACUGCUGAUUGGAUUGAGUUACAUGGUGAUUAUCAGCUGAAGGUCUGGUGACACCACUGAGAAAGUUAAACCAUUGACAUCAUUCUGUUACCCUGACCAUCUAAAUAGCCUUCCAGUUCUGAAUCACACUCAGUAGCUUUCCGUUACAUUGUAGAGGAGGAACUUUAGUGUGAACAUAAUCCUGCAGUGAGUAUUAGUGUUUUGUUUGUCUGACUGGACUCCAGGAGAACUUGUUCAGUAGCAUAAUCUGAAUCCUUCCCUUCAUUGCCAUGUAUGCACACAAAUUAAUAUUCAGUUCCUCUGUAUGUUCACCUAGUUCUUAUUCAUUACCAUAGUGCAAGGUACAGUUGUACUUUCACUGUUUAUUUCAAAUCAAAAUGUUCAUUGGAAGCCUAAAAUGUUAAUAAUUGCAUAGAUUUUAAUACUCACUGCCAAAUUUCAUACAUACACAUAAUUAAUUUUCUGUAUAGUAGAACUUGUUACAGCUUUUCAGUUUGAUUUAGCAAUUGAACGGUCUUUAAGUGGGUAUGGUUCAUCUCUGGGGAAAUUAUAAACUUAUCAACGGUCAGUAAAUAAUGGGUAUGCAUCUUUGUAAACUGAUUUGCUUGCUAAGCUGGCUAUGUUCACAGUGAAAAAUGCAAAUUAUUUUGCUUUUGGCACAUUAUAUUUCAUUUCAAGUGCUGAGAAAAUGUCAAAGAAACAAACUUAGAUUACUGACCCUUACAGGGUUCUUGAACAGAACAGUAGUACCAACAAGUUCUGAAGAUUCUUUGAAUAGUGCACUUGCAAGAGUGUGAGUGCAAAUUAAUAAAGCAAUAUUUGGCUUACAUAAAUUAAUAUUUAAAUAAAACUUUUAUUUUCUUCAGUUGAAAGGCCUAUUUAUGUGGUGGGUGUACAUGAACAUUAAAUCAGCAAAUGCCAAAUGAUUGCAGGCUAGUAUUUCCAAACUGUUUACAGGCCAAUAGGUCAAUGUGGUUUGGCCAGGGAGGGAGGGGAGGGCAGGGGCUGUGGGUGGGGGGAUUGCUGAGGUGGGGUGAAAUUGACAACAGAUGCAUUUCAUCCACAUUGCUAUGUCUUAAAUUUGACACUUAAUCCCCAGUCUCUCAGGGUGCUCUUAGAAGCUCAGACUCAGUUUCACAACCCUAACUGACUAUUGCAUUAAACAUUUCAUCACUCUCUGUAUCUUCAUUGUGGACCAGUAGUUUCUCAUGCAAGAACUCUGUCUUUUUACUAGAUGUCUUUCAAGAGCCGUGCCUUGUGUACCCAAUUCUUGACAGAAUUCUGCUGUGACAAAGGGCAAACAUCAUGGGUUGUGAACAAUUCAAACCUUCCCUGCACCCAUGCCAGUGACUAUGGGGCUUCCCAAUGAAAGGACUCUGUGUUGGGGAUUAGAAUCAUUAUACUAAUGGGGUUCCCUUGUUUCCUGCUGUAACAAGUAUUAUAGGAAAAGUUCCAUGGGAUUAUGUUGUAAUAUAAACUACUGAGAAUCAUUUGAUGUUUUGUUCCACACUCUGCACUAUCCCAAUUGUUGCAAUUUGGAUUAAACUUCCCAAUAGGGAUGAGUGAGCUGGUAUAUUUCACACUGAAAAGAGCAGGCCUCAUACCAUGUGCUUCAUCCCUUUACCUCUUCAGGGCAAUUAGGUAGUAAUGCUGUUCAUGAGGGCAAACCAGAUGCAUUGUGCCCUUUGACAGAAGCUCCCCUGUAUGCCACAACCACGAGGACGCUCUGGUCUUUUGAACGUGUAAAUUGCAACCUCCUAUUAAUGGAAUUACUUAAAAAACGUUAACAUUGGUACAUGACCAUGAAUUUGAACGUUUUUACAAUUACCUCUCUGGUUACCCAAUGCUAUUCUUCCGGUUUGUCCAAAUGGAUGUGUGGGCCAGCUCCCUCAUUCCUCACCCUGACUUCUGUCUGUACUGCCAAUUGUAUGAAUCAUUACUGCAGUAUGAAUGCAAAGGAAUAAGGAUUUUCUGCACAUUGUAUAUUUGAUAUUGCAUUUUAGAUCCAGCCUAGCUGGGAAUUAAAGUGGGCUGUGGCCUUAAACUUAAUCACUUAAGGGUAUAAACUGAUUUUCAAAUAUUUUUAGGAAAAUAUUACUAGUGAAAUGACAUAAUAUAUAUAUAUUUCUCUACUGUUAAUAAAUUAGCAAAUGA